AUGUCGCGACCUACAGCAACAAGUCGACGUUCGGUCAAGACCGAAUACAUAGAGACAGACACAGGCAACAAGAUCUCACGGCGAGCGCAUAUCGAAGGGAAACAGAACAUCAUGCUGGGUGCGAGCAUCAUCUCCACCGGCACAACCCUCCACCCUCCCUCCCGUCUCCACCACGGCAAACUAACCUACUACCCCAUGCGUAUCGCGGACAACGUCUUCAUCGGUGCCAACUCGCAAAUUUCAUCCGCGAGCAUCUCCAGCCACGUCCACAUUGGGGAGAACUGCGUGCUGGGACCCUUUAGUAUGAUCAAGGAAGGGUGCAAAGUGUUGCCCAACACGGUUGUGCCGGCGAAUAUGAUGAUUCCGCCAGGGAGUGUUGUGGCGGGUAGGCCGGCGAGGAUUGUUGGCGAGGUGGGUGAUGGCUGGGGACAGGUGGGGAGUGGAGAGGUGGAGAUUGUGGAGGGAGGAGAUUUGAAGGGAUUAGUGAGGACGAUCAAGUGA